GCGUCAUCCCUGGGUCUGCCUAGCGGUCAUGACGGCUGCCGUUCUUGGCUUGUGUAUCGUCAGCGGGAUCUCUCUCUGGUUAUACUUCAGCACCAGCCCACCACAGACUACUACUACUGCUGCUACUUCUGCUGUUACUGCUGCUACUACUAAAAAUGCUGCUGCUGGAUGCUGUAGUUCUGUCCCCACGCUCCCAGCAGUCUCCAACAACUCACCACGCAAAAAAGGUGGUGACGGAAAGCUGGAGAAGAUCACAUUUGGUGGACCGGGAUGGAGAGCGGGACCUGGAAAAUUCUCAAACAACUACGGAGUGGCUGUAUCUGCUGACAACGAGAUAUUUGUGACUGAUUUUUACAACAGACGAGUCCAAGUUUUCAGCAUAAAUGGGGCCUAUCUCCGCCUUUUCCCAACGAUCGUGUCUGGUGAAUGUAAGAAAAUGGGUGGAUGUAAGACCGUGUACAUGCACCCUUCGGGUGUUUCUUUUGACGUUGACCCUGGCUACAUGUGGGUGGUGGGGCAGAGUAAAAGACAUUUAAACUGCAAGCUCUAUGAUGUUGUCGUACGGUACAGUACGAACGGCCGGCUAAUCAACAAGUUCGACGUAGGCUCCACGAUUUUCUAUCCUGCCAUUGCAAUGGACGUGCGCAACAAUAAAAUUAUAGUGGGAGAGAAAGAUAGAAUCAUGAUGUUUCAUCCAAAUGGAACUCUCUAUUGGAGUUCAAAGUUGCCAGGUUCUUUUGUCGAGGGAGUCACAUCGGAUAGGGAGGGAAAUGUCCUGCUGACGGAUGGGAAAAAAAGCGUCAAGGUGUACAAUCCCUCCGGAGUCCAGAGUUGGGAAUUUGGAAAAAUACAUGGACCAGGUAAGGGCCAACUGCGUUUUCCAAAAGGCAUUUGUCUGGACACCUCUGGUCGCAUCAUCGUGGCGAAUAGUAACAACCGGGUGGACAUGUUCACAAGCCGGGGGGAGUUUAUCCGUACCAUCGCGACCAUGGAAGAGCCGUGGGGUAUCGCUAUGGGACCAGAUGGAGAACUGGUGGUGACUAGCCCACGUACCCAAACUGUAACUGUCUUUCCACGCCAAAUGGUGCGUCUUUAACCCUAAUGCAUUUCUACCUCCGGGGAAGGAGAUAUCCUUCCGCUGGGAAGUAUUGCUUUGAUCCUCGCGUUUGUUCGCAGUCAUUCGCCACGAAGUUUGUGCUUUCUGUCUGU